ACCGCGGUGGUUUGUCCCUGUUCCCUAAUCCUCAAUGGAGUCCAACCGGGCAGGAGGAGGGACACCAAUUGACUAAACAUCUAGGAUAUAGUGGGUGGGGUCUUUUUGGGGCUGGUUUGGAACUAUUUUCUUGGUUCUACAGGACAGGUUAGUUACACUAGAAGACGAGGACCAGCAGGAGCAGGUGCUUGUGGAUGACGACCGAGGAAAACCCUCAACACCCCCGACACAAAUGGCUUGGUUGACUUCGACUUUAGUAAUAAAAAAAUAAGGGUGACCCAAAUUAGGACUACAAAUUAACUUGGGGGGGAUUUUGGCAUUGUUCUUCGCGGGUUUUUUUGUGUUCUGGAGUAAAUUAAUUUCAAAGAGAGUGAGCGAGAGCAGCGUCCUGUCCCGAUUCUCCGCACGCCAAACAUGGAGAAAGUGAGCGUCCAGGAGAACUUUCCUCAACUUAACUCUGAGCCGAUUCGGGUGUAAACCUUUGAUUUUGUUGAGGAAAACACUGACGGACAGAUGCUGGGAUUAUAGCUCAGUUGUCGAUAUUUUACUGGAGCAGAAGAGGCAAUGGAUACGGCGAUAAAGUCGACCAACGGGACCCAGUCCUUCAUGAACCAGAGUACAGCUAAAGAACGAGCGGACAGAGUUGAUCCCUAUGGCUUCGAGCGCUCUGAUGACUUUGAUUAUGAAUCCUACGAGGAGCUCAUGUCAGAGUAUCUGGUCAUCCUCACCCGACGCGCUAUCAAGUGGACCAGACUGCUCAAGGGUAAACGCAAAGUGCAAAAGAAUGUGAAAUUAAAGCGUUAUGUACGCAAGGGGAUCCCCAAUGAGCACCGUGCUUUGAUCUGGAUGGCAGCCAGUGGAGCUCAAGACCGGCUAGAAAAGAACCCAGGAUACUACCAGUCCAUGCUGUUGUCCCACCAUGACUCCAAACUGGUGGAGACCAUCAGAACAGACCUGAACAGAACAUUUCCAGACAACGUCCUGUUCCGCAAGACAUCAGACCAGUGUCUGCUGAAAGCUCUAUACAAUGUGCUGCUGGCCUAUGGUCACCAUAACCCAUCUGUGGGCUACUGCCAGGGGAUGAACUUUGUUGCUGGGUAUCUACUGAUCAUCACCAAGGAUGAGGAGAAGUCUUUCUGGCUGAUGGAUGCACUGAUUGGAAGAAUUUUGCCAGACUACUACAGUCCAGCUAUGAUGGGACUGAAGAUGGACCAGGAGGUGUUGGGGGAGCUGGUGAAACUUAAAAUCCCCCGAGUGUGGCAGGUGAUGGCGGAACACAAUGUCAUGUGGACACUCGUGGUCUCUCGAUGGUUCAUCUGUCUUUAUAUAGACAUUUUGCCGGUGGAGACUGUUCUCAGGAUUUGGGAUUGCCUUUUCUAUGAAGGCUCAAAAAUCCUGUUCCGUGUAGCUCUUACACUGAUCCAUCACCACCAGGCUGUGAUUGAACAGGCCCAAUCCCUGCCAGACAUCUGUCAGGCCUUCAAGCAGAUCACCCAGGGACCAUUUGUCGAAGAUUGCCACGCUUUCAUGCAGAAAAUCUUCACUGAACCAGGAAGUCUCUCCAUGGCAACCUUGACCAAGCUCCGUACGACAUGUCGUGGUCGAGUCGCUGAAGGAGAACCCUGACCUGGACUUCCAAGAACGUCCUUCUAUACAUUCCAGUGGGGCGAGCUCGCAGCAGCCUGUUUGCACCUGCUUUUUUUUAUUAAGCCAAGUCACUAUACACUGAACUCUUGUCUUGAAGCAUGCACUGUGACGAUCAUAAAGCUGACAUGUUGCAAAGUG